AUGGGUAACUCAUCCUCAAGCACCGUGGACGACCUGCAGGCGGUGGAGAUGCACCUCUGGUACAAGAAGUUCAUGACGGAGUGUCCCUCGGGUCAGCUCACCCUGCACGAGUUCAAGCAGUUCUUCGGCCUGCGAGGCCUGGACCAGGAGGCCAACACCUACAUCGAGCAGAUGUUCCGCACGUUUGACAUGAACAAAGACGGCUACAUAGACUUCAUAGAGUAUGUGGCUGCUCUCAGUCUGGUGAUGAGAGGGAAGAUGGAGCACAAGCUGCGCUGGUAUUUCAAACUCUAUGAUGUGGAUGGUAACGGUUGCAUUGACCGGCAUGAGCUCCUCAACAUCAUAAAGGCUAUCCGUGCUAUCAAUGGGAAUGAAAGUCAGGAAGUUUCCGCUGAGGAUUUCACUAACCGCGUGUUUGACAGGAUCGAUAUAAACGGAGAUGGUGAGCUCUCCUUGGAGGAGUUUGUGGCCGGUGCUCGAGGUGACGAUGAUUUCAUGGAGGUGAUGAUAAAAAGCCUGGACCUGACCCACAUCAUGACGAUGAUCCACAACAGGAGGCACAGCGUUUAG